GAAUAACAGCGCCGCAUUACAUAAUCUCUCAUCGAUGGUGUAAUCGUUCAGUUCGUUCUCUUCACACAGCUUCUCCAAACCCGUGCGAUAUUUUACAGAUUAUUAAUGGGUCCAAGAAGGAUCUACAUCAGUGUUGGUUAUGCCACAUUCGGUAUGUUGGUUGGAUCUUCGGCGUUUAUCGUGUGGAAUGUGGUUUAUAAACAACCCUGGACGGCGGCGAUGGGUGGAUUAUCGGGGGUUCUGGCUAUUUGGACUUUGGUCACUCACAUCAUGUACCUUCAGGACUAUUGGCGAACCUGGUUAAAAGGACUCAAGUUCUUCAUGUUUGUUAGUUCUGUAUUUUCUCUUCUGGCUUUUGCUGCAUUUGCCACCUUCCUAACUUUAGCAAUUGUUGAACAGCAGGCUUUGUCUGACCCCAAGAGUUUCUACCUGUCUGCCGUGUGGAGCUUCAUGACUCUUAAGUGGGCCUUCCUGCUGGGUCUGUACUCUUACCGGUACCGUCAGGAGUUUGCUGACAUCAGCAUCCUCAGUGACUUUUGAUUGGCUCUCUCAUCUGGAGCUGAAUGGAUUUGUUCUUUUCAGACGGUGGCUUGCUUCACCUGCCACUAUGAAGAUGGAAGGAUGGAUGCUUGUCCUUUUUUAAUACCGCGAAACGGUCUCCUUGUUUUUACGAAAAUAGUCAAACCUUAGCCCCGCCUUCCCUCCCAUCCAGGAAUACGAUUUCUGUGAUUCCUGUGAUUCGACUCAUUUGUCAUUUUCACUUUUUAAAAGUUUUAAUAGGUGACUUUAUGACAUUGUAGUCAGGUGUUUUAAAAGGCUUUGUGGGAUACACUAGGACAGCAGUUCUCAAUCCUGGUCCUCGCGACCCGCCAAAAAUUUGCAUAUUUUACAACUCUCUCUUGUUUAACACACCUGAUUUAAAUCACCAGCUUGUUAGAAGAGAGAUCCAUGAACCAACUGUCUUCCGAUUGACAUGGUCCCUACACAGUGUUCACACUGCUCUCUACUCCCUACACACAGGAAAUCAGAUGAAGAUUUGCACUACACGACUGCCUGCUGUGUCUUCACACACAGACAAAACUUACAACAGAAAUGUGAAGAGUUAUUUAACCGUAAUCAGGAGAUUUGAGUAGUGGUCACGUCUCGUGCGAUUUAAUGCCCUUCGAAUGAAACAUAUGCUCCUUACGAACUGGACUCAUGGCAGAAUAUCCAUAGAUGUCCACUUCGCACAGUCAUAUUGAACAAACCUCUGAAGGCGGAUAACAGAAACGUACAAAAUAUGCAGAGCGGGGGGUCGCGAGGACCAGGGUUGAGAACCGCUCAAGGAUACGGUCACAGGUAGUUGUUACUUUACUCAGGGCAAGUUGUGUUUCAAUAUCAGAUGUGAAAUAACAAAUGCAUAGCAAGUGAUGUACAUAGCUGGUUCUAGGGGCCUAAAGCAGAAAUGAAGGAAUGUAGGACAGUUUCAAUACAAGCAUCUUUUUCGGUCUACUCAGUGUUGUUGUAGAUGUUGUCAGACAGUGUUUUUUAUUUGUUUGCCAGAUUCUGUUGUUAUGAAAUAUUUUGUUUAUAUCUUUUAUUUAUGAACUGAAGACAAGGAUUAUUUAUUGCAAUAUUUGGAAUAGUAUGCUACUAUGAACAGUAUGCAAAUUUUCUAUAUGCAUGGAUUACUAAAUUUGCCAAAUUUUCUGAUGUGUAAAGCCGAGUGCACUAAUUGUGUGGCACACUGUAUCCCACAAUGCACUGCAUUCAACUUGACCUUCUAUUUCCAAGUUAUAUGAAAUAUUAUUUCAAUUAAUAAUUUUUGACUCAUUAUUUGAUCUGAUUAUUUGAAUUAAAGAAGCAUUUUCUCAUUUUUUGCUCAGCAUCACUUCCUGAAUUUAACAUGGAACGCAGUGAUGUUGUAUGAGCAUGUUAAUCUUUUAAAUGUUAAAUGUAAAGCAUUCAGUUUUACACUAUAAAAAAAACAGAAUACAGUGUAUGCUAUAAGUACACAAGUAUUCUGUUCCAAACCUAGCCUGUUACAUUAUUAUAAUGCAGUUCCUCCCUUGGCCACUAGUGGGGGCGAUAAAUCAAUUGAAUUACUGGCUACCUUGGUGCUCUGUCAUCUGUGAAUAUACAGUCCUUCUACUUUUGAUUAUUUUUGGCUCAUUCUGCCCGAGACAAAACAACAUUAAUUUGUGUGUGUGUUUAAGAAUGAGUGUUAGUCACUCUGUAUCGAGAUGUAGCAUUUGUUUGCUUGAGUCUGAAAGGUGACCAUUUGGAAGUGAUGGUCCAUACAAUUUUUAAGAGCCAAAAAGUACAACAUAUUACAUCGAUUGCACUUGAUUGCUUAUAAAAGUUACAUUUAUUGUUUGUUGAUAGAAAUGUGAAGGUCACCUUAAGAACGUACAAUAUUUUUCUCUUUAGCAUGUGUGUCAAUAAACAUAUUUGUAUCACACUUUAAACCAGUUAACACAGAUUUAAUGUUACAGUAAUGCAACAUGCAGUUACAUUGAGAGAUUUAAAUGAGAUUAAAGUAACGCUGUUUUAAUUCA